AUGCAAUCUGACUUCAAACACAUAAACGUUGUCCCCAUAGGAAACGAGUUCUUCGAUCAUCACACCACUCUUUCCCGCGUUCCUUCCUCAGGUUUCAAACUCAACCGUCUCCGUAAACUCUACACCCGCCAAGUCACCAACAAACACCUCACCUUCUCCAAAAAACUCUCCACCAUCCUCAACGACUUUCAACACGAUAUCCACCCUCUCUACACUAGCCUCCUCCGCUUCGUUUUCGAUAAAAAACGUUACACCUUCUCUCUAGGUCAAGUCAAAACCGCUCGGCACAUGAUCACAAACAUAGCUAAUGAUUACGUCAACCUUCUAAAGUUUGGUGGAUCAGUUAAAGAGUGUAAGAGCUUGAAAAAGAGUGCUGUCUCGGGGAUGUUUAGUGUUGUUAAUGAGAUCACUCCUAGUUUAGCUUAUUUAGAGCAGUUGAGACAACACUUGGUGAAGCUUCCUUUGGUUGAACCGGAGGUUCCGACGAUUAUGGUUUCGGGGUAUCCUCAUGUGGACAAGAUUAGAGUGGUUGAUUUUGUUAAAAGGUCUGUGGGUUUUGAGGGUUUGAAUAUGAGGUGUCAGGUGAUUGAUGGGGUUUUGGAUAAGCCUGUGUUUGGUGAGUGUAAUGUUGUUGUCGAUGCUUUGGGGAGUCAUCUUCGUGAUGUGAUUGUGUUGUUUUGUUUGGAUGUUUCUGGCUCUUGUGGUUAUAGUGUUGCGGAUCAGGUUGUGUUUAUGCAAAGUGUGAAGGGUGUGUUUGUGGACAGGCCUUUGUUGAUUGUUUGUGAUGAGAGUGAUUUGAUUGAAGUAAAUGAAGAAGAUUGGAGAUUGAUUGAAGAGAUGAUUGGUGGUGUGGGAGUAGAAGAAGAAGUGGGUUUGAUGAUUAGUGAUUUGAGGAGUGUGGAGGGUGUAAUCUCUGUGAAGAAUGUUGUGUGUGAGAGGCUAUUAGAUCAAAGAGGGAGGCUUAGUUGUGUAGCUAUGGAAAAGGCUAGGAUUUUGAGGAAGAACUACUUUAGACUUCAAGAGCUUGUUGAUGUUGAACAUAAAGUUUCAGAUGUUUUGUUUAUGCUUGAGGAGAUGGAACAUGAAGGAGUGAAACAAGUUAAGGAAGAAGAAGAAGAUGAUUAUAAAGAUUCAGAUGUUUUGUUUAGGCUUCAUCAGGAGCUGGAACAUGAAAAAGGAGUAAAGCAGUGUGAGGAAGAAGAAGAUGAUGAUGAUUUUGUGAUGGCUGAGGAACGUUUUACAGAGGAGCACAGGGACCAACUUGUUGCCAUUGGCAAGAUUCAACCGUUGAGGAUAUUAAUAGCAUUUGGUUUUUGUAUCCUUGUAGGGAAUACUUAUGGAGCUGUUCAACAGUGUCUCUCAACUUUAAGUUUUUGA